AUGUUCCACAAGCCGCUCCUCGCAGGCGUCGUGCUCGCAGUGGCCUCCGCGACGCUCGCAGACCCGCUGCCGUCCAAGCUCUGCGUGAAGGGGUGCUUCGAGGCAGGCCACGUCUGCGGGCGCGGGCAGGUCCUCGUCCCACCCACGGGCGCCGGGGGGUGCUUCCUGUGCUGCUUAGCGGCGCCCCCGCCCGACGGGCAGGAGUUCUGCGCGGCGGUGUGCCUCCCGGCGGACUUUGUGUGCCCCGACGGGCGGCCGCUGGCGGGCGCCAACGGCUGCUUCAACUGCUGCGGGCCCAAGGCGUAG